CCAGAGGUGGCCGGGGGGUGGGGCGGCGGCCGCCGUGCCUGGGGUGACCGGUCGCACCGUCGCGAGGCGGCGGCUAGCGCGGGGCGGGGCGGACGGAGCCAGGAGGAAGGAGGUGGCAGCGCAGGAUGGCGGCCACGGCCUACGAGCACCUGAAGCUGCACAUCACACCUGAGAAGUUUUAUGUGGAAGCGUGUGAUGAUGGAGCUGAAGAUGUACUUAUCAUUGACCGUGUGUCCACGGAGGUUACCCUCUCAGUCAAGAAAGAUAUUCCUCCUUCAGCUGUCACAAGACCAAUAUUUGGCAUAUUGGGCACCAUCCAUUUGGUGGCAGGUAAUUAUCUAAUUGUCAUUACCAAAAAGAUAAAAGUAGGAGAAUUUUUCAAUCAUGUAAUCUGGAAAGCAACAGAUUUUGAUGUCCUUUCUUAUAAGAAGACAAUGUUGCACUUAACUGAUAUUCAGUUGCAAGAUAAUAAAACGUUCCUAGCAAUGAUAAAUCACGUCUUAAGUAUGGAUGGACUUUACUUUUCAACAACGUAUGAUUUGACACAUACUUUGCAGCGACUGUCCAACACUAGUCCAGAAUUCCAAGAAAUGAGUCUAUUGGAAAGGGCAGAUCAGCGGUUUGUGUGGAAUGGUCAUCUUCUAAGAGAACUUUCUGCUCAACCAGAGGUCCAUCGGUUUGCACUUCCAGUGUUACAUGGCUUUAUUACUAUGCAUUCAUGUUCUAUUAAUGGAAAACACUUUGAUUGGAUUCUCAUCUCAAGAAGGAGUUGUUUCAGAGCUGGUGUGCGCUACUAUGUAAGAGGAAUUGAUUCUGAAGGCCAUGCAGCUAAUUUUGUAGAAACAGAACAAAUUGUGCACUACAAUGGAAGCAAGUCUUCAUUUGUCCAGACCAGAGGAUCAAUACCAGUUUUCUGGUCUCAAAGACCAAACCUCAAGUACAAACCAAGGCCACAAAUCAACAAAGUAGCUAAUCAUAUGGAUGGUUUCCAAAGGCAUUUUGAUUCACAAGUAAUUAUUUAUGGAAAACAAGUUAUAAUCAAUCUGGUAAACCAGAAGGGCUCCGAGAAGCCUCUUGAACAGGUGUUUGCAUCAAUGGUGUCUUCAUUGGCAAGUGGAAUGAUCAGAUAUAUUGCAUUUGACUUCCAUAAGGAGUGUAAAAAUAUGAGAUGGGAUCGGCUAAAUAUUUUAUUGGAUCAGGUAGCAGAAAUGCAGGAUGAAUUAAGUUAUUUUCUAGUGGAUGCUGCCGGCAAGGUGGAGACAAACCAGGAAGGUGUGUUCCGCAGCAACUGCAUGGACUGUCUCGACAGGACCAACGUGAUCCAGAGCAUGUUAGCUCACCGCUCACUUCAGGCCCAGCUGCAGAGAUUAGGAGUUUUGCAUGUUGGACAAAAUCUUGAAGAACAGAGUGAAUUUGAGAAGAUCUACAAAAAUGCCUGGGCUGACAAUGCAAAUGCUUGUGCCAAACAGUAUGCAGGAACUGGUGCCUUGAAGACAGACUUCACGAGAACUGGGAAGAGAACUCAGUUGGGACUUAUAAUGGAUGGCCUGAACUCACUAAUCCGUUAUUACAAGAAUAACUUUUCUGAUGGAUUUAGACAAGACUCCAUAGAUUUAUUUCUUGGGAACUAUUCAGUGGAUGAAUUAGAAUUUCAUAGUCCUUUGAGUGUUCCAAGAGAUUGGAAAUUCCUGGCUUUGCCUAUUAUCAUGGUUGUUGCCUUUUCAAUGUGCAUUAUCUGUUUGCUGAUGGCUGGUGAUACUUGGACAGAAACACUGGCCUAUGUGAUCUUCUGGGGAGUUGCAAGCAUUGGAACAUUUUUAAUUAUUAUCUAUAAUGGCAAAGAUUUUGUUGAUGCUCCCAGAUUGGUUCAGAAGGAAAAGAUAGACUGAAUUUGUGUCUGUGGAAAGCGGCUUGGCCUAGAAGAGUCCAUUGUGCAGAACUGGAAUCUUUACUGACCCGCUUUCCACAUUAGCCGAGGUCUUUUUAAAGCCUUUGUCCAAAAGCACAUCUUGUGCUCUCUGUGGGGGGUUGAUGACUUAGAUUGAUUUAAUGUUACUGCCUUGAUGAUCUCUUUACUUUGGAAUACAUAUAUACAUAUAUAUGUAUAUAUACACACACGCACUGUUCAAUAAUUAAAAUGCAACCUGAAUUCAGCUCACAGAAUGGAUGGAAUCUGUUCAUUGUCAGUUUAAUCAACUGUUGCAGAGUAAGUAAUAUAUUUAAAAAAUCUUGCUUCUUUCAUUAUUUAAAACAGGACAAUUAUUUUUCUAGCUCACUUCCAUUAUUGUCAUUAUAGAAGCAGUUGCUAUUAGUAGGCAUACUUCAUAUAUCUUUGGACUUUUCAUAAAGUUGUAAAGUAAACUAGUUCUGCUAUGUUUAUAAACUAUUAAGUGUUUCCCACAUACGUCAGGUCAGCAGUGUGAGGGAGGAGAAGUCUGGUACCUCUUGUGUGUUCACUCAGCUGAACUGCUGCAGUUGGACCAGCUGUGUGAAUGUGACAGAAACAAUUUAGAUAGUCUUAAUCCUUUUUUUUUUUUUUGGUCUAAAAUUCAAAGAAUGUAACAUUUCUCUUUCUUCUCUUUCUUGCUAGAGGUCCAAAGCCUUCUCUGUUUCAAGGCUUGCCCCCAGUGUGGAACAAUGCCCUUGCUAGUCAGCUUUCCCCUCCCAGACAUUUUCGUUUCUUUGGGGGCCAUUUCCUGAGACUUGCAGGCCUGUGAGAGGAUCCAGUACUUGAGUUGAUACUGUGCCUGGAGGUAGCAUGGAAGUGAUGCUUUCACUCUGCAAAGGUCUCUGUCAAUAAGUGUCUCUAAAAUUUAGUGCUUCCGGGUAGUUAGAGUUCUCCAAAUCAAGGACCAACUCAGUCUCUCAUUUACAUGCCAAGACAAACCUGAAAAAUAUCUCUAGAAGCUGUGCAUAGUUCUAAUUAUAAGUCGGGCUGUAUAUUCAAAUUGUAAUUAUGAGGUUUAAAUAUUAGAAAAGUAUGUAUGGUAGCAAAUUUACCACCACUUUAAAAUAAUUCAGUUAAAAAACUGCUGCAAUAUUGUGUUAUGCUUGAAACUGUAUAGUUUUUUUUCUGAUAGUAAUAGCCUUUUUAUUGUCCUUAAAUAUCUAAAGGCGCCUUUAUUUCAGGAUUUAUCUUUUCUUCAACAUUAUCUUUUAUAAACAUCAUUAAGAGUUCUUGCUUUUAGAACCCUAAAGGAAAUAAUAGCUGGAAAACCCUCUGUAGCUUAAAAAUCACUCAUUUAAACUCACAAUAGGGUAAGUAAUUAGAGCUACCUAUUCUUAAUAUGUAAAUAAGCAUAAUUUGUUCCAAAGAUAAAAUAUGAAAAUUAAUUUAUGUCUACUGCAAUAUAUUACACAGUGCUACUGGGCAUUUCUAAAGAAAUUAAUUUCAACAAAGACCAAAUCUGAACUGCUAAUAUGGCUGUUUGCAGUGAAUGAACUAAUGUUGUGUGUUAGAGUUUAAAGUAUCAAUAUUUCAGAACCCUGCAAUGAUUUUAUUUCUAAAUCUAUGUACUAUACAUCUAUAAGGAAAAAUAAAAUGUCAUAUUCUUUUCUAAUUA